GUGGUGACGUACGAUCGAACAAAUAUAAAAUAUAGGCGUACUCUCUCAAAUUCUGGAUGAUUGAUAACGCUGCCGGGCGGAGGUCAACAUUUUCUGAUCACGGACGAUUUUGUAACACAAAAAAUGAAAGAAUGUGACCUUGAAAGAUUCAGUCAGAAAUUUGAAGAUAAAGAAGUAGACCAAGUUGGACUGUUCCUUUUCAAUGACACAAGCGCUAAAGAGGUCAUCGCCCAGUGGGACCAAGGCUGAAGUUUUUAUCAAAACUGAAAGAGCUUCAGAUGCAGAGAAAUGUAACCUGUCCUUUUUGGUUCUUCCCUUCCUAUUUCCACCUGGCCAAAUCAGAGGAAGUAAGUCUUCCAAAAGCAGAUAUGAUUGUGCAACUGUUCAGGAAGCAAGUGCUUCAUUCAUACAACGAAGAGAAAUUGGAACAAACAUCCCACAAUUCCUGGAGGAAAACAGGCAUGCGCAAUCAUUUGUCCUAGCCCUUGGCAAUAGGAUGCUGGUUCCAGAACAAGUGUUUGUCAUCGUGGAACAAAGUACCAUCCCUUGAUCUGAUCUCCUUCAGGGAGUAGACAGAUGCUUCAAACUUAUCUACGUUUUUGAGCAGGACAUUUUACUUUCCGCGGUCUGUGAAACUUCUUCUUUCUAAUGGCAUAGGCAAAAACCCAAGUUUGCAAUAAAAUAAACCUAUUUUCAGAGAAUUAAGAGCACUGAAAGUGUAUCCAUAAGCUAUAGACAUCGUCUGCUUGGGUUGGUAUACUUCCUUCUAUGGCAUCAUUAGAACAUUGCCGUAUUUCUUCCGAUGUUCUGGUACUUAAUAAAAAUUUCGAUUUCAUUUAAAUUGUUUUAGCACCUGUUAUGACAUUUACCAAAAUCUUCUUCAGGCUAUCUACAAGAUAUUAGGGUAUUUUUAGACAUGAAUUAUCCUUAGCUUUAAUUUUCUUUCAUUGUCUACUUUAACAUUUGAAUUUGGCAUCACCAGAACGAGAGUGCUGCUCUUUAUACAGUGCGUAUAAAAAAACCGGACACAUUUGAAAAGUCUAAAAUCUUUGUUUCAAAUUGUGAUGUCUAUGUUUUGGUGUUAAUAGGUGCCCCGAAAUCUUAUCUUUCAAAUGCCAUUUAAAAAAUUAGUUUUGUUCAUGCUUGACCGAACACGGAAUGUUUUUGUCUGGGUUUUAAAAAGGAGGCUUGCGCAAAAAUGGCAUAAAAUGAAAAUAUGAUGAUCGGACUUCUUGCUAAUCAGCAGACCUCCUCUCAACCUUUUCAUUAUCUCUGCCAUAAUUUUCUAAUAAUGCGGUCAAAAUUCAUUUUCAAAUCUUUACUUGCUUGAAUUAAAUAAAAAAAAAGUGAUUUGUUCUCUUUUAGCUUUGAAUAUUCCUUCUUUAAGCAAAAACAUUUUUUUUUUUAAACGAAGUAUGGGAAAGCGUGUUUUUUUUCUUCAAAUCCUUUCAUUGUGUGCUACAAACGUUAUGGUGCCUUUAAACAGUGCCAUACAGAUGGGCGGGGGCUCGGGGAUGUCCCCCCCAAAAAAAAAAAAAAAAAAAAAAAAAAAAAAAUCAUGACCAAGAAAAAAGUGGAAAGGAAAUAAAAGGAAAGAAAGAAAGUGAAAUAUGAUAUUAUUUUCUGAAUAUUAUUUCAAAAUCUGUCUCAAAAUUGGAUAGUUUAAUAAAAAGGUGGAAAUUUUUGCUUGCACACCCCGCUCGCUUACAAAUUUUUAAUUCAUUUUCCCCAAUCUGCCAUACCUAGCUCCUUCAAAAUUGACUCAAUACACCAUUGCCAUUGAAAGAUAUGUAUCCUUUCCUAGUUAUCCUGUCAAGCGCAUAAUUAAACUUGGUCAAGAAAUCAAUAACCCCUUGAAAAAUGGAUUCAUGUCUUUUAAGGGUACCAUAACAUAAUUUGUUUCACACAAUAAAAUGAUUUGAAUAAUUACAAGUUUUCGCAAAUAAUGCAAAUCUUCUUGUAUGGGUUGACCAAAGGCCUUCUUUUCUUACUUAUGAAGGAAAAUUCAAAGGUAAAAGAAGUUUAAAUGAAAAAAAAAAUAACUCAAGUAAAUAAAUAAAUUUGUAAAUAAAGUUUGACCGCAUAAUCGAAAGUUAUGGCACAGAUAAUGAAAAAGUUAAGAGGAAGUCUGCUGAUUAGCAAGAAAUCUGAUCAUCAUACUACUCAUAUUCUGCCAUUUUGGCGCUAAAAACUUCCCGUGUUUGCUCAAGCAUGAACAAAAAUUAUUUCUUUAAAUGGCAUUUCAGAGAUAAUAUUUCAGAGCAUCUUUUUACAUCAAAAUAUAGAUAUCAUAAUUUGAUACAAAAUUUUUAAAUAAUUUUCAAAACUGUCCCAUUUCUUUAAUACGCACUGUAUAUAUAUAUAUAUAUAUUAUGUCUUAUUAUUUCAUUAUUGAUAUUAUCAUUGAUUAAUAUUAUCCUUUUUGAUAUGUGCUGCAUAUGUUUUGGCUAUAUGCCAAUAGAUUUUGUUUGUGUGUGAGCUGAUGAACUUCAUAACAUUUACAUUAUGGUUGUAUUGAUGAUGUUGAUUAAUGGCAUUAAAAUUUGAAGUUU